AUCAAGGUACCCUGGUUUUACCUGGCUCUGUCUUCAGUGUGUUCAGGUCAUCCCAGGUUAUCAGACCCUGCUUUGGAUCCCUGGUCCAGAGGCAGGUCUGACCGUGGUCUUAUCUGGGUCUCCACCAGUGUAUUUGGGGAAACCUGGAUUCUUAUUAUAGUCCCUGAAUUCCUGCCACGCCUCCUACUGGUGUAAAAACAAAUAAGGACCCAUGAUGUUUUACCAUUCUACCACAGCAGGAGGCGUGCAUGUGACUGGGUCUGUAAUCUGGUAUAUUUGGGGAUAGUAUUUGAGAAAGGCAUGGACUCUAGACCCUGGUAAUAGCAGUGUUUGUGUUAGAAGUAUCCUGGUCCCAGAUCUGUUUGUGCUCUUGUCAACUACAUUGCUGUCAUUGCCAAGUCAAACAUGUUCCAUGAGGAGUUGUCAAGACAGCAGAAACAGACUGGCACCCAGGCUAUGUAUAACAGGCUUAAGUAACCAACCCAAUCCUGACUACUCUCCAGACCUGACCCUCCCGGCUACCAAUCAGAACUGGCCGGAGGAGUUUGGGUUCACUCUGGGGGGCGCGGGCCCCAGCUACAUCCUGUCUGUGAUUGAGGGCAGCAGUGCCUACCUGGCGGGCCUGCAGCCUGGGGACCAGGUGGUGGACAUCGAGGGCCAGGAGGUGUCCUCUCUCAGCACCCAGGCCCUGGUGGCCCUGGCACAGACUCUGAAGACUGUACCCCCCAGCAUCGGAGUGGUGUCACGCAUAGAACAGAUGGAUAUCAACCCAGGCCCCGACGGCCGUUUCGGCUUCACCAUCGUGGGAGACUGCCCCCUCUUGGUGGAUGACUGCCUGCCCAACUCCCCAGCGGGCCGCAGCGGCCUCCGGGUCGGCGACUACGUCAUGGAGGUCAACGGGAUCCCCGUCAAACAUCACGAAAUGGCGGCGGCCAUGAUCAAGGUGGCACAGGGACGCCCACUGCGUCUGGGCGUGCUCAGUAUGAGACGGAGGAUCAAGCGCCUCAGCCACAGUAUGAGGGAGGUGUCACUGAGCGGGGAUAGUAUCAGGCAGGACCGUGCACACAAGGCCCUGGAGUUUAACAAGAAGGUGGAGGAGGUGCUUGGUGAUGAGCCAGAUAUAAAGGAACAGCUGUUUGGUGUUCUGAAGCAGUACGCAGCCGAGCGGAACGUGGAGAACCUAGCUGAAGCCCUCCCAGACAUCUUAAUCAAUGAGGACCAUCAGCAGCUGAUUGACAGCGUCAGAAUCUUCAUCCCCAAAAAGCACCGGGAGCGCUUCGAUGAUGUUGUGUCCCAGAGCCUAAUGGGCCGGCUCAAAGGGCGGAGCUUCAGCGACCCCAGCCGCAACCACCUGCGCCGAAGCCGCAGCGAGGACCACCCGGAGCGACUGCUGGUGUCCACUCGGGCCAGCUCUGUCCCCCGAACGCAUGCCGAGGAGGGCGUGAUGCCCCCCAUCCGUGGCCUCAGGAAGACCACCUCACUCACCGCAGGGCACGCUGGCAACGCUGCAGCCCUUCGCAGGACGGUGAGAGUCUGCAAAGGGAACCUAAGUUUUGGAUUCACCCUCAGGGGCCAUGCACCUGUCUGGAUCGACUCAGUCAUCCCAGGGAGUCCAGCAGAUAAGGCGGGGCUCAAACCUGGAGACCGCAUCCUGUUCCUCAAUGGACUUGACAUGCGGAGUUGUUCCCAUGAGAAGGUCGUCUCCAUGCUACAGGGCAGCGGUGCCAUGCCCACCCUGGUCGUGGAGGAAGGCCCCCCCACCUUCACGCUAGCCGAGCCAGAGCAGCCAGGAGGGCCAGGUAGGGCGUCCCCGGGUGGAGGCGUGCCCCGCUCCCCAGUGCUCAACUCCCUGCAGUGGGUGGCUGAGAUCCUGCCUCCCUCUAUCAGGGUCCAGGGGCGCACCUUUGGACAGCAGCUGGAGCACCUGCUCACCAUCCAGGAGAGAUACACCAUCUGCAAGGCCCUGGAGAGCUUCUUCCAGCAUAGGAAUGUUGACACUCUGAUUGUGGACGUGUUCCCGGUGUUGGACACGCCAGCCAAGCAGGUGAUCUGGCGGUUUGUCUACCAGCUUCUGACCUACGAAGAGCAGGAGCACUGCCAGAGCAAGAUUUCACGUUUCCUCGGUUACAAGGCUGCAGCGCCAGCCCCCCCACCUGAGCCAGAGCCCGCCCCCGAGCCCCAUCGCCGUAGCAGCUCCAUGAGAGUGACAGGAACCGCCUACAGGGCCAGCAUGCGUGGGCGGAGCUCUGACGACCUCAUCAUCGGCACUCACCUGGGGAUGGGGAUCCGUACUGAUCCAGUGGAGAUGGGGAUGAGGCUGGCUCCAGGAGAGAGACAGUCAGGAGACGGGACGUCCCUCCCAGAGACCCCCAACAACCUCACCAACCUGUCUGCGGUGUAUGCUGAGCUGGAGAACGUGUACUCAGGGAAGAGGUCCAAGUCUCUGAAGGCUCGCGCUCCUCCUCCGGCGGACAGUCUGGUAGAGCUGGAAGUCCUCGAACACGCAGGCUCUCCGUCCAUGCACGCUAACACAGGUAGCCGUAAGGGCCCCCCACCACCUCCCUCCGCCUGGCAGGAGCCCCUCCCUAGCCCCCCUGCCCCGGUCCAGUUCUACCCCCCAGGUCUCACCUCCCAGACCAGUGCCGAGUCCAACCCCUACAUCAGCCUAGACAGCCCCCCUCCCUCGCCCCCCGACUACCCUGCCAGCCCACCCUCUCACGCCCGUCUCAAUAAGAGGCGCUACACUUUCUCUCAUCCGCCGCGCUCCUCUGAUACAGACCGGUUCCUGGACGCACUGAGCGAACAGCUGGGUCAGAGGGUCGCCAUUGUAGACGACUUCCUGUCACCCGAAAACGACUACGAGGAGGAUGUUGUCCAGAUGAGCUUCCCAGAUGAUGAGGAUGAGGAUGAGGAGGUGGAGGUGGAUGAUGAAGAUGGAGAUGGGGGUUUCAUAAUACCCCCUGAGCUGAGCAGCCCCAGCGAGUGCCAGGGCAGCAGCGGAGAGGACGCCUCCUCCCUCACCUACUCCUCCUCCUCCGAACACAUACCCCCUCCCCCCAUGACUCCCCCGCCACCUCCGCCCAUCCAAUUCAAUGAUCCUCCUCUACCUCCAAGCUAUACCGCCACCCCUGAACAGUCUCCCAGAAUACAACUGCCUUUCCGCCGCCACCACGGGCCACCUCCGCCCCCUCCUCCUCGCUCCAACCCACCACCCAAACGCCAGUCCAUUCACAAGGUGCUUCCCACCCGGGAGGACCUGCUAGCCCAUUCUGCAAUGCAGGAACAAAAUGCGUACCAGGAGCAACAAGCUUACCAGGAACAACAAGCUUACCAGGACCAACAAACUUACCAGGACCAACAAGUGCAACAAGCGUACCAGGAACGACAAGUGUACCAGGAGCAACGAGCAUUCCAGAAGCAACAAGUGUUUCAGGAACAAAAAGCUUACCAGGAGCAACAAGCACAACAAGCGCACCAGGAGCGACAAGCGUACCAGGAACAACAAGCUUACCAGGAGCAACAAGCACAUCAAGCGCACCAGGAGCGACAAGCAUUCCAGGAGCAACAAGCACAUCAAGAACAACAAGCGUUACAGAAGCAUCAAUCAUAUCAGGAGCAACAAGCGUACCAGGAGCAAAGUAUUUACCAGGGGCACCAGUCACUGCCUGCCCAGUCCUCGCACAAAGCACACCCUCUGCAGCAGCUUCACCAGUCCCUGCCCCCCCUCCCCUCUCCAGAGGCAGCCCACACCCAUCCAGACCUCCCAAACCACCCAGACCCCUCACUCUACCAGAUGCACCAAGCUCAACAACAGACUCGUCGUCAGAGCCGUCGUCAGUCUCACUCAGCCACAUCACCGUACAAUCCCCCAGCCCAUUCCCCUGUCCAUCCAGAUCAACAGAGUCAGUACUCGGAGGCAAUCUAUCAGAGUAUUCAUACACAGUCACAUCACUCAUCCAUGGAGCGCCUUCAGCAAGCUCAUCAGGUCCAGCAGCACCACUCCUCCAUGGAGCUCCUUCACCAAGCUCAGCAGGUCCAGCAGCACCACUCCUCCAUGGAGCUCCUUCACCAAGCUCAUCAGGUCCAGCAGCACCACUCCUCCAUGGAGCUCCUUCACCAAGCUCAUCAGGUCCAGCAGCACCACUCCUCCAUGGAGCUCCUUCACCAAGCUCAGCAGGUCCAGCAGCCCCACUCCUCCAUAGAAUUCCUUCACCAAGCUCAACAAGACCAGCAGCACCACUCGUCCAUGGAGCUCCUUCACCAAGCUCAUCGGGUCCAGCAGCACCACUCCUCCAUGGAACUUCUUCACCAACCUCACCACUCAUCCACAGAGCUCCUUCACCAAGCUCAUCAGAUCCAGCAGCACCUCUCAUCCACGGAGCUCCUUCACCAAGCUCAUCAGAUCCACCAAGAUCAGCCUGCAUCACUACCAGUACAUCUGGAUCAGGAGAUCCACCAGUCUCUUCAGAGCCAUCAGACUCACCCAUCUUCCCAGGCCAGCCACCAGGGUCAACAGACUCGUCAAUCUCUCAAGUCUCAUCGCACUCACCAGCCAUCCCCCCAGCGUCCCCACUCCAUCCAGCAGACUUACCACCACACUCCCCAGAUCCAGCACAUCCACCACCAGGUCCCUCCCCAGCCCACUCAGCCAGAGCUCCAUCAGAUCCACCUAAUCCACCAGCCCAUCCAGCAGCGCCACCACCCCCAGCCCACCCUGUCCACCUUCCAGCCCCUUCCACCCCACCAGCCCACCCUGUCCACCUUCCAGCCUCUGCCCCAACACCAACCCCACCAAACCCACCAGGUCCACCCCUCCAACCAGGGUCGUCCUCAGUCCCAGCCUUCUCAGCGGCUAUUCAGUCAAUCCCAGUCUCACCACCACUCCCACUCCCACCACCAACCCCUGCCCCAACCUCAGGCCAAGCAGCAUUCCCAGUCCCAGAAUAACUUGGACCAGUUGGGGAAACAGGAGCCCCCUCCUCCUCCGCCCCUGCCCCCUCCUGGAACCCCUCCUCCGCUGCCUCGCCCAGGCCUUCCGAGGAUGGACUCCAAUCAUAUGAGUGUAAAGAGGCUGCGCUGGGAACAGGUGGAGAACUCUGAGGGCACCAUCUGGGGACAGUUGGGGGAGGAUUCGGAUUAUGACAAACUGAAUGACAUGGUGAAGUAUCUGGAUCUGGAACUGCACUUUGGGACACAAAAGAACCCCAUUUCUCUUCCAGACCCAGCCCCUCAGUCGGAGACCUUCAAGAAGAAAGACGUAGUUGAGAUUCUGUCCCAUAAGAAGGCCUACAACGCAUCCAUCCUGAUUGCCCACCUGAAGCUGUCCCCGGGCGAACUACGCCAGGUGCUGAUGACCAUGGCCACAGAGCGGCUGGAGCCGACCCACAUCAAGCAGUUGCUGCUGUACGCCCCCGAUGCAGAGGAGGUCAAGCAGUAUGAACAGUACAGCGAGGACCCAGCCAAACUCAGCGAGCCUGACCAGUUUGUACUACAGAUGCUGUCAGUACCAGAGUACAAGACUCGUCUGAGAAGCCUCCACUUCAAAAGCACCCUGCAGGAGAAGACAGAGGAGAUGAGGGGCGGCUACGACUGCAUCUACAACGCCUCCAUGGAGCUCAAGACCAGCAAGAAACUGGCCAAGAUACUGGAGUUUGUGCUGGCGAUGGGGAACUAUCUGAACAACGGUCAGCCUAAGACCGGCAACAAAACCACCGGGUUUAAGAUCAACUUCCUCACUGAGCUCGGCACCACAAAAACAGUGGAUGGGAAAUCUACGUUUCUGCACAUCCUUGUCAAGUCACUGUGUCUUCACUUUCCCAACGUCCUGGAUUUUGCCAAGGACCUCACCACGGUUCCCCUGGCAGCCAAAGUGAACCAGAGGACCAUCACAUCUGACCUGAACGACCUUCACACCACUAUCCAGGACAUCCGAUCUGCCUGCCAGAAAAUGCCUGCCACAGCAGAUGACCGCUUCGCUGCAGUCAUGAGUGGCUUCCUGGAGAACAUCCACCCAGCACUACAGUCUCUGGAGUCCCUGCAGCAGAGGGCCAUGGAGGAGUGGUCCAAGACAGCCUCCUUCUUCGGAGAGGACAGCCAAGCCACCAACACAGAGUCGUUCUUUGGGAUAUUCACUGAGUUCCUCGCCAAGUUUGAGGUGAACCGCCUAGAGUUUGAAAGAGACCUCUGAAAUAGACAAAGAGCUCUUAGUGAGAACCAGGCCAAUGAGAACCCUCCUAGGAGUCCCAGGAGCCCAAGAAUGGCCUCACCCCUGGCCUGGUGAUCAGAGAGACAGGAAGAAGGGUUGGCAGGCAGGCAGACAGGCAGGCAGGCAGGCACACACACACUCUCUAUCUCUCUCUCACACACACACGGACAGGAGUGCAUGCGAAAAUCCACAUACAUGCACAAACACACAUACACACAAACACACAAACACACAAACACACAUACACACAAACGCACUCAUAGUAUUUCAAUUUUUGUAAUUCAAGAAAUGUAUAUUGUGGGAAUUAGGUUGUCUGCAGAGUUGAGCAUACAGGGCUUUAAUACGUGACAUUGUAGUUUGAAUGUCCAGCUAGUUUAACACCUCAAACUUUGUAUAUUUCAUGGCUAUAGAGUGUUCCUCUGGAACAGACAAAUUAAGCUAUACUGGAUCAAUGGUUUUGCUUUUUAUAUAUUUGUAAAUAAAAAUGUUAUACCAUUUAUAGAAAUGCAAAGAUUCAUGAAAUGGAAUAGGAAAGAGACUGACAUCAGUAACUAUUUGAACCCAGCUGUCUGAUAUACUGUAUAUGAAUGUAUGAUACAAUUAUAGGCUAGAAAGAUUAAGUCUACAGAACAUGAUCAGCAAUGGUAAACAGAAUACUGGAUCGUUUUGAGAGACAUACAGAUCUAAACUAUUAUUGCCGCAACAUGUAUUUGAUACUUCAGCAGUUAAAAGAGAUGACUGAAUGCCUGUGUCAAUUUGUCUGAUUUGAGAAUGAAAUGUGUAUUAUAUAUUGUACCACUAAAAUAUAACUGUAAUGAUAUAUGUAAUACAGGAUAUACAUAUUUAAGUAGCCAAAAUGAAAUGCUUUACAAUAAUGAACAUUUUUUAAAUGAUUUACCUGUUCCAUAUUUUUGUAAGCCACCCACCACACUGAAUGUAUUUACAAGUUAUUCAUUUUGAAUGAAGUGUGUCUUGUACGAUAUCCAGUGGAUACUCAUUACUACUAAAGAAAAGGAAUGUUAUGAAAAUGAAAACACAUUUGUACUGUUAACUAUCUGUUAACUAUCUGUUCCUCUCUGUCUCUGAUUGUGUUGAUACUGACCUGCUGUAAACGGGCAGUGUUCUAUUAUGAACAGUAGGAGGAUUUGUUACGUUUUCAUGAUCAUUUCUGCAUACUGCACCUUCACUUUAACCUCUACAAUUCAAUGAGGGGACACACUACUUUCUUGAAGCACAUUACUUAAAGGGAUAGUUCACACAAAUUAGAAAAAUGACAUUUUGGUUUCCUUACCCUGUAAGCAGUCUAUGGCCAAGGUACGACAGCAAUCCAAGCUUUGGUUACGUUUUCCUGGCACUGUUUCCACAUUCUAAUGUUUUAGCAUAUGUGGCUCAAAUCCCAUUCAAGUCAUGCGACCGAUAUUAGCAUUUUUCAUGCAUCAUGUCCAAAUAUCCAAGUAUCUUAAAUUGAUUGUGAAGCUCAACAAAGUCACUUAUACAGUAGAUGAUAUGAACAUGAUGCGUGAAAAUUAUAACAUCAGUCCUGUGACUUGAAUGGGAUUUGUGCCACAAAUGCUAAAAUGUUAGUAGUGUCAGGGAAACUAAACUAAAGCAUGGAUUGCUGUCAUACUUUGCCCAUAGACUGCUUGUAGGGUAAGGAAACCAAUAUGUAAUUUUGUAAUAUGGCUGAACUAUCCCUUAAACAGUAACUCUAUGGACUUUAAUGUCAGAGGAUGUUAGUACUUAACUUCAUCAAACCUUGUUUUAACAUAUUUUUGUCAUCUGAUACGGACUACUUAUGGACUGAUUGUGUAACUGACACAUGGAUGUUUUCAACCCAAACAUGGAGGACAUUUUACACAUUCAGUUAAAGCUACACUCCAGCUUUUCAGACAUUCGUUACAUGAGAGAAAUAGGACAUUCUUUAGAAUACAACUAAUGUGGAUCAUUUUAAAUGAAUAAGAUAAGGCAGCUGUAAGAAGACGUGCUUAUAAUGUUAUUCAGAACAUGUCGAUAAGUUAUUGCCAUCAUUUGUUUUCUAACGGUAUGAUCUUCAUUUCUGACUUUGUCGUCUGGAUAGCUAUACAUAUUCAGCAAUGCGUUCUGGAAGUUGUUGCUCUCGGAUAAGUCUAUGUUUUGUAUUGUAACAGCCAACGCUGACAAAUAAAAUGCCUGGUAUAAGAACAUUA